AUGCAGAGUACUUCCCUUUCCUGUGUGACUUUUCCUCUCCUAAUUCUGUUUCCACAGCAAUCAGGACUUUAUGAAUAUAAAAUCUUUGGUGGUCUUGCUGAUGUUCCCCCAAAAUUGUGUGCAGAUGUCUACAUGGACUUGAAUUUCAGAAAAGAGUGGGAUCAAUAUGUUAAAGAACUGUAUGAGGAAACAUAUGAUGGUGAAAAAGUAAUCUACUGGGAAGUGAAGUACCCUUUUCCUCUCUCAAACAGAGAUUAUGUCUAUAUUCGGGAAUGCCAGGAGAUGGAUGUGGAUGGGAGGAAGAUCUGGGUUGUGUUAGCAAAAAGUGUGGCUGUUCCUCAGUGCCCUGAAAAGCCCGGUAUUAUCAGAGUUAAAAGCUAUAAACAAAGCCUGGCAAUUGAAAGUGAUGGCAAGGCUGGAUGUAAAGUCUAUAUGUACUAUUUUGAUAAUCCUGGUGGCAUGAUUCCAUCCUGGCUGGUCAACUGGGCUUCCAAGAGUGGUGUGCCUGCUUUCUUGAAGGAUAUACAAAAAGCUUGCCUUAAUUACUCUAAGAGCACAUAGGUGUUGAAAUUGAUUUAAAUUGUUUAAUUCCUAGAUCUCUGCUCUUACAGGAGCAGCUGUUAUAUAGUACACUGGAUAAAAUCUACCUCUAAUAUUGGAAAUAACUUUAUUUUAGUUGAGUUAUGCCUUGAGUUUUAUUAGAUUUUUUUUUUCCAUCUCCAACUGAAGAGCUUGCCACUGGCAAGGUAACACCAACAUCAGCUGCAGCUUUUAAAAGUACUCAAGUUUAGCCUUGUUCCCCAUGCUUUGCUUAUGCUGUUUGUCAGGUGUCAGCUAGAGGAGUUCUUUGAUGGAUAUGUUACAUCCUUGCACAAAGGCAACAGUCUUACUAGAAAAAUGUCUAAACUUGGACUGCAAAUUGUCUGCAUGUGUUGUGCCUGGAUCUGUCUUUGUUACCUUGCAGGGUGGCUUCCUCCUGAAACUCAGUAAUGGAACUUGCAUUGCAUAGGAGGAAAUGCUUUUGCUACCCAAGUUUGUCAUUCUUAAACUCUCUGCCUGAUAUAAGCCUAAAAAUGAUGAGGGAUGAGAAAAAUUACUAAAAAUGUGCAGUAGGAACUGGAAGUUUGUGAUGCUAAGAUCUCUUAAAUCUAGAUGUAAAAAGAUCAAGACUGAAGGCUUGCAUUCACAGCUCCAUACUUCUGUAUGAGAAGUAAAAACCCCUAGUUGUGUCCAGCUAAAAGAAAAAGGAGGAGGUUACUUCUUUCAUGUCUGAUUUAAGGGGAACAAGUUUUAUCUUUAGAGUCAGUAGCCUUACCUAUAAAGCAGCUUGGAUACCAACUUGAAACUGGAGGUAAUUUUAAAUUGGGUUCCUGCCACUGAAUGUGGAUGAGUUUGAUGUGGAACUUGGGCUUGCUUGCGUUUUUAAAUUUCAUGCUGAUAUAAAGAAUGGAUGGUGAUACACUAAAAGCUUAACUGAGCAGGAAAUUAAAUUUCCAGCACCUUUUUUUUGGGGGGGAAAGGGGGUGGCGGGGCAGGGAGUGCAUAAAAGAACGAGAGGACAUCAUUCUCAGGGAUUUAAAAUACUCUACAUUGUUCCUAAAUCUAAUCUAAAUCUAAUGUUUCUGAAUAAAUCUGGUAAUGGAGUAACUUUGUCUUGUUAAAAAGUAAACAAUUGGAAUUAUUGCCUUUAUACCUUUUGUGAAUAUUUGCUUCCAAUAAAUCAUUAUUUUGUCCACGUAGUGUUCUUGUUAAAAUUGUUUUUGCUGGUUUUUUUUCAUACCACUGUUGUUUACAACUGGAGACUUUGGAGUCCUGAUCAAUAAGGUAAAUAAAAGUGAUGUUAAAGCAUCCUACUAAUUCUUCUCUGUAACUGCAAAGGACCAUAUUAAUUAGGAUUACAUGUGCACACAUAAAGAGAAUGUCAUCUUUCUGUUAGCUCAGUAUCCCCUGUUCUUUGAGAACUUUACCAUAAACAAUUAUUCUCACUUGGAAUCUGAAUGAUAAAUGUAUUCUGGAGUUCUGUUGUGAGACAGGAACAUUUUAAAUGGGAACAACUCUGCACUGGAGAUCUUAAUUUCCGAAGUAAGGACUGCAUCCUGUGAAGAAGCAUUUUGAUGGAACCUGCAGUAAUAAUCAUGUUGAAAGGCCUUGAACAUACAUAUUCAUUCUACCUUGUGAAAAAUUACCUAUGUCCCAACUGUGAAACAGGUUAAACUGAAAGCUGUUCUUGCAGUGUAAGCACAAGUACCUGUAAUAUUAAGAUUUAAGUGAGUUUGCCUUUAUCUGUACUCUCUAGAUUUCCUGAAAAUUCUAAUAUUUUUCUAAGGCCUGUUUCAGCACUGGAGGCAAAAGAGGUUUUGUGAUGGACUGUAAGAGUCAGGUUUUGCUCCAAGCUUAAUUGUCUUGUUAUUCUUCAUCUAUAGAAGAAACCCAUGAGAAUUAAUCAUGUUAUUCCUGGAAUAACAAGUUUUGGAUUGAAGCAGUUCUUCUACAACACAUAAAGCCAAGGGUUCCCUCUGUGCUGUACAUUGUGUGACCAGAAGCCUGCUGUGAGGUCUCAAGGCUCACUGCAUUUCUGCCUGAGCAUACCUCAGAAGGUUUUAGGUCUUUCCUUGUUUCCUGUAGCAUCCAGCAGCUGCAGAUCAUAUCUGAAAGGUUAAAAGCUGGGAAAGGGCCAACUGGGCAAGCUUGAGAUGUAAUCAAAGGAGAGGAUGAAAUGCAGAUUUAGAAUAUCUAAGCAUUCCAUUAUGAUCCUGUGGUUUUACCUUAACUAUCAAGGCAGAAUUUUUAAAGAUAGCAUGCUAAGACAAAUAGCACUCACAAAAUUUUAGCCUUAUAUGUGGUGAGACUCUCUUUUUGUCAGAUGGGAAUAUACAUUAAAUCACAUUUAAUUAAAAUUAAAUUAAUAUUGGAGGAUAUUUACUGUUAGUAAGUAGACUCUUCUUCUCCAGAUCUGGUGCUUAUUACCAGCCCAAUUCAACAUUUAGCAACAGAAGAAGAAGAAAUCUUUGUGGACAUCCCAGAGUGGACUUUCAUCUCCCCAGCCCAAUGAUGGACAUUUCCAGUCAACAUUUACUGCUGAAUACAAUGUCCUUUAUGUCACAUGUCUUCCCCUCUCCCUUCCCCUUUCAAUACUGUGUCAACAUUUGGGAUGAGCCCAAAUCCUAGUGUGUGAUCUGACCUUCUGACAUCGUAGCCCACUCAGCUACCAACCUGGCCCUGCUUCCUGCUGCAGAGUGAGCACAAACAUCACCCUCAAGGAUCAUCUUCUGCCCAUCCAUUGUUUUUAUGUCUGUUGCUCCUUGUGCAUUUUAAUGUAUUAUAAAAAUCUUGCAUGGGUUCUUGGUUGCCUUCCCAAAAUAUGUGUGUGGAUCUGUAUUUAUGUGGGAAUAGGAAUUAUGUCUUUUGGAAUUUGUAACUGUUGAAAUUAAGAAAAAUGAGGGGGAAGAAUAAAAACUGGACUGAAAAGACAGUAGUAAAUAUGAAAUUAUGUUGGUCAGUGUUAAGCAGGGCAAGAGUAUUCUGAAAACAGA